AUGGCUACAAGAACCAAGAAUGUGAGUGGAAAAGUCAUUGACAAGUUCGAGCGAAUAUCACAAGGCAUGAUAUCCGAGGAUUAUUCCAGAAACGGUCCCGAUUUGGCACAAAAACAUCCACAGCUGUUGAGCGGCCGUGACGUUGUUAUCCACCCAAAUUUAUCUGCCGAUGCCAACAAGAAAGCGAAACGAUAUGCUGGAGGAUAUCACUGGAUAAAAGUCACAUUUGACUCUGCUGUUGCUGCUGAUCGUGCCUGCUUCUUCUCCCCGCAAGACAUAGAUGGCUUCAUGGUGUUUUGUGAACUAUACCAUGGUCAGGGCCCACAAAAUGAUGCUCCGAUUCCUAAAGAGUCUGUCGAGUCAGUUCGGCCGCGAUUGAAGUCACAUACUUUAGCUUCCUCUCAAUCCAGCAUAUUCGUUCAACAACGCUAUGAUCUUGACCGAUCGACUCUCCCUCGCUCUUUCACUGCAAAUACAAUAUCGACGGACGGAACUAUAGAUGACUCUGCUACUUCUCAAACACCAACCGUAACCGCCAGCUCUGCCACAGCCACCGAUCAAGGAUCAACCAGCACCCUGCGCCAACGACGAACAUUACCUCAGCUCCAAUCCCAACCUGAACCUCAUCAAAAACCGGAAUCUGAUUUUAUGACCCACAUUCCAACAGUCCGUCGUGCUGUUUUGCGACCAAUUUCUGAAGCACUUCCUCCCCAACCAUCUGUUGUUGAACGAAUCCUUCGGUCUAUUCCAAUAUUGAGCUGGUUUACUGGGGACAUCGUCGGUGAUGGACCUGUCCUUCGCGAAGACGGAUCGCUCGAUUAUGACAAGUCAAACGCUUACUGGCGCUUCUGGUACAUGAUCGAUAAGCUUCUUGGAACCGACUUGUGCGGUCUCAAGGAUGAGUCCUGA